CGAACCUUUUUUGGGAGAAAAUUGGGUCGAACUGAUCAUGGUCAGAACUGAACCAAUCCGGUCAAGUUGCAUCUCUUUGCGAAACAAUCGAAACCAUAUAGGCCUCUUUGAGUCUUUGGCGUAACGCGUAAAACCCUCCUCUGGACGCUCUCUUUCUCAGCUAGGGUUUUUGCAGGGAAGCAAGCAUGGCGCUGUCUCUCUUUCGUCGAACUCUGAUCAGCAAACCAUCCUUAACAUCGAUAGUCUCUCGUGCUUUCACCUCAGCAUCUAUCUCUGGUCCUCGCAUUACUCUAAUUCCUUCAUCGCCUCUUCUUCGUCUCCGACCUCUCGUAGCCCUUACUGAGUUUUGUCGGUUCCCGUCGUCGGUCAGUUUGAGAUGCUUCGCCACACGACAGUCUGCUUCGUCCUUGAACGACCCGAACCCCAACUGGUCGAAUCGUCCACCGAAGGAGACGAUACUGCUCGACGGCUGCGACUUCGAGCACUGGCUCGUUGUUAUGGAGAAACCUGAAGGGGAGCCGACAAGAGACGAAAUCAUUGAUAGUUACAUCAAGACCCUAGCCAUGGUGGUUGGAAGUGAGGGGGAAGCAAGGAUGAAAAUUUACUCGGUGUCAACUAGACACUAUUAUGCAUUUGGAGCCCUUGUUUCUGAGGAGCUCUCAUACAAGAUCAAGGAACUGCCAAGGGUUCGAUGGGUUCUUCCAGAUUCUUACUUGGAUGUCAAAAAUAAAGAUUAUGGAGGGGAACCUUUUAUUAAUGGGCAAGCUGUUCCAUAUGACCCUAAAUACCAUGAAGAAUGGGUUAGGAACAAUGCACGGGCAAAUGAGAGAUCAAGGCGCAAUGACAGACCUCGUAACUUUGAUCGGUCAAGGAACUUUGAGAGAAGACGGGAAAAUAUGCAAAACCGUGAUUUUCAAGCAAGAGAAAUGCCACCAAUGCCUAACCGGGAUCCUCAAAGCCCCAUGCCUAAUGUGGGAGGUAUGCCACCAAACCAGAAUUUCCAGAAUCCCAUGCCUAAUAUGGGAGGAAUGCCACCAAACCAGAAUUUCCAGAAUCCCUUGCCUAAUAUGGGAGGGAUGCCAACAAACCAAAAUUUCCAGAAUCCCAUGCCUAAUAUGGGAGGGAUGCCAAAAAACCAGAAUUUCCAGAAUCCCAUGCCUAAUAUGGGAGGAAUGCCACCACCUGUGCACAACAACAACAUGCCAAAUAUGGGAGGCAUGCCGCCUAAUCGGGAUGCUCAGAACCCCAUGCCUAAUAUGGGAGGAAUGCCACCCGUUCACAACAGCAUGCCAAAUAUGGGGGGUAUGCCCAAUAAUGCAGGAUACUCAAACAACAUGCCCAACAUGGGAAACAUGCCACCCAGAGACUUUCAGAACAGGGAUGGACCUCACAGUGGAGGUAUGCCCUACCAAAAUAGGGAAAUGCCAAGUGGUGCCAUGCCAAAUAGAGACUUUCAGAACAGUAAUGCACCGAACAGGGACAUGGGAGGCAUGCCAGAUGGGAAUCCUUACCCCAGGUGAGGUGAGAUUAUGAGAGAGAUGCCUGGUAGAGACUUUCCUCCACUGCCAAGCAGAGACUACCAGUAAAGGUGAAGUGUAGAUAAUGCGGAUCGGGUCACAGAAGAUCCAACUUGGGGAGUUAGAUAUUUGGUUUUGUGGAGUUUAUGGGACCUAAUUGAGUAAUAUUGUUAUAGUUAUCAUUGCCUCGUGGAUGGUAAAAUCUGCUGUGUGCAUGAAUUGAAUAUUAGGAUAAGUUUUUUUGAUGACUGUAGAUUUCUCAAUGCUAUUUAAUAUUAAAUCUGGUCCGGAUCUAAUCUGGCCUCAUCUUAGGGAUUUGUUGCUCAA